CGUCUUUCCCUGGUCCAGUCAUGCGUUGCACACUCAGGGCUGCUGUCGUUGCGACCCUUGUCCUCAGCGUGCUUGGAACGCCCUCCUCUCGGCCCCAUCUCCGCCCGUUCGAGAGGCGCCACACAGUUCCUGCCGGCUUCACCAACCAUGGUGCCGCCGCUCCGGAGACGAUGCUCGACAUGCGCAUUGCGCUAGCGAUGGCCGACAAGGACAGGCUUGAGGCGACCCUGCUCGACGUCAGCACGCCGUCGAGCCCAAACUACGGGAAGUACCUGACGCUCGAAGAGGCGAGGGCCCUCGCCGGACCGUCUCCCGACACUGUACGCGCUGUGGGCGACUGGCUUCGCGCGGAGGGCAUUCAUUACGACGUCGGCGGGGCUUACGGCGACUGGCUCACGUUCAGCAUCCCCGUCUCGAAGGCAAACCAGAUCUUCGCGGCAUCGUACCAGUCGUUCGUGCACGGUCACUCAGACUCGACGCAAGUGCGCACGAUGCAGUUCUCGAUCCCCGAGACCCUCUUCGAGCACAUCGACGCCGUCUAUCCUACGACCAGCAUCGUGCCUCCUCCCGCCGGUGGCCCGAUUGGCGUGACCGAGGUGCCCAGCUUCGUCGACCUCAGCGCUGCUGCCGUCCCAGGCGACGAUGCAGUCCCCGCCUCUUGCAACACAACCGUCGUGCCCUCGUGCUUGCAGGCUUUGUACGAGACUCCCGCGACGCCGGCCACGGUGCCGUCGAACAGGAUCGGCGUCACCGGGUUCAUCGGACAGUGGGCGCAAUUGGACGAUCUGCACACGUUCCUCUACAACUUUCGCAAGGACGUGAACCCCUAUACGAAUUUUUCUGUGAAGUCAGUGGACGGCGGCGUCAACCCUCAGGGCAAACAGUACGCGGGCAACGAGGCGAACCUCGACGAGCAAUACACGUGCGGCCUCGCCACAAACGUAACCAACACGUUCUACACUGUCGGUAAUAAGAACCCAGACGGCGUCUCCGGAUUUUUGGAUGUCUUCCAGACCAUCAACAACGAAACGAGUCCCCCAAGUGUGGUGUCGACGAGCUAUGGUUUUGACGAACCUGGCUUAGGUCCGACCUUGGCAACCCGUAUCUGCAACGGUUACAUGCCGCUUGGUGCCCGCGGUAUAUCGCUCAUAUUCGCCUCUGGCGACGGUGGUGUUGCUGGGAGUAGAUCGAGCAACUGCACACAGUUCGUUCCAACUUUCCCGGGAACUUGUCCCUACAUCACUUCCAUCGGUGGCACGCACAAUGUCCCCGAGGUCGCCGUGGGCUUCAGCAGCGGCGGGUUCUCCAAUUUUUUCGGCAGAGCCAGCUGGCAGAAUAGUGCUGUCUCCUCGUACCUCGCUCAGCUUGGUGGCACGAACGCUGGCCUGUUCAACACAACUGGUCGCGCUUUCCCUGAUGUUGCCGCGCAGGGCGAGAAAAUAGUCAUCGUCAACGGCGGCCAGGGUUAUUACAUCGGCGGCACGUCCGCAUCCUGCCCCAUCGUCGCGAGCAACAUCGCUCUCAUCAACGAUCGCCUUGCCGCCAAGGGCUUACCGCCCCUUGGCUUCCUUAACCCAUGGCUGUACUCGAACCCGCAGAUGUUCACCGAUAUUACGAGUGGGAGCAACCCCGGCUGCGGCACAAACGGUUUCCCGGCCCUUUCUGGAUGGGACCCUGUGACGGGCUUGGGCACGCCCCUCUUCAGCAAGAUGUUAGCGGCCGCAGGACUGUAGGCUGAAAGGUAGCCUGAGCUGCAAUUCCUUUCUUAGUACGAUUUGUGUGACGGUAUCAAGCUGAUGGUUUGCAAUGGUUGUAAUUCUUUGCUUUUGAAUCAUCAUGGGUGUCUCUCCAGAUUCACUGUUCUCGAUUCAAAAAUUG